UUGAAACCAACCCUAAGCUCUUUUUAUCUCCGCUCUAAAGGUAGCUCCGAUUAUUGCUGACUUAAGUAUCGGAGUGUCUACCCCGAGUUUCACCUCGGGGCUUUGCAGGUCAUCCUGGAGGGCAAACGUGGACUGAAGAAGGACUUCUGGUUUGGUGCAAUUACAUUGGCGCCGUCUGUGGGAAUCCGAACUAAAAGCUUUCUAGUUGCUUUUUCAUCAUGGUUCACACUCGAUCAGUCCGAGUUGGUAAUUCAUCUCUGCCUCAUGGGCAAGGCCAACCCCCCAACAACCUUCCACCUCUGAUCCCACCUCAACUUACACCUCAACUUCCACCUCAGGUCCCAACUAUGUUCCCUCAUGUUGAUCAUGCAGAAGGAGGAGAUGAAAACCAACCUCAUACCUCAGCUCACAAUUCAACUUCCACUGCCAACCAAGACGUAGUGGCUGCUCAGCUUGCUGCCAUGCAACAACAGUUCGAAAAGCUAGUAGCUGAACACCGAGGUGCUCCACCCUCACACCAUGCUGCUGACUCCAUACCUCACCCCCUGAACACCAACAUUACACUGGAACCCUAUCCUGCUGGCUUCAAAAUACCACAACUGGAGACUUACGACCGGACAAAGGAUCCUGAUGAUCAUCUGCAUGCUUUCUACUCUUGCUUGCAAGCUCAAAACGCCUCUGACAUGUUGAUGUGCAAAAUCUUCCCCUCUACUCUCCGAGGUAAUGCUCGAACUUGGUAUUAUAGUUUACAUCCGAGGCCAAUUAGCUCUUAUACAGAAAUGACAUCUGCCUUUGCCACUAAGUUUUCUAGUAGAAGGUUGAUUAGGAAAACUACUUCUGAGCUGAUGCGAGUUAAACAGAGGGAUGGAGAAUCUCUGGAAAACUAUAUGAGCAGGUUCAAUGAUGCAGUAUUGGAGGUUAGUUCCUUUGAUCAAGUUGUGGGGAUUGCAGCUGUGAUCUCCGGUCUUAAACAUGAAAGGUUCAGAGACAGUUUGAUCAAACAUGCUGCCAUCACCUUUAGCGAGGUGAACAAUAGGUCUCUGAAAUUUAUAACAGCUGAGGAGUAUGCCCUGGCGCAAAAUCCGACUCCUUCUAAGAACCAAAACCCAGAAUGGAGAGAUGACAAUUUGAGCCGGAAAAGAAUGAGGAUGGCGCAGAAUCGAGGUCCGAUGCCGACCUAUACACCGAGAUUCGGAAGGCCGAACUCAACACCCCCGCAACAAUCUACAGAACAAGGGCCACAACCUCAAGGAACUCGUAACCCAUCAAACAGGCAAGGUGUGGGAUAUCAGCAAAACCCACCUCCGUUCCCACCACCAGCUAGAAUCAUACACAUGAUCACGGGAGGUCUGGAAGCAGGUGGAUUGAGCUCUAAACAGCGAAAGCUGUAUGUCAGAAAGUUCCCAACUCCUAUGGGAAUAGCAACACUGCGAGGAAACCAGGAGGUGGCCAGACAUUGUUAUAUCACCUCGGUAACACAACCAACGAAGGGCAAAGAUCAGACACCCGAGGCCGUUCCCCAGCGAAUUCCUGAUAAUCAACAAGUUAUGGGUGUAGAAAUCGUAGAUAAUCGACCGGAAGAUGAAACCAGAGCUGCUUCGGUCGAAGAUGUUGAAGAAGUGCUCAUUGAUGACAGAGAUCCGAGCCGGAAGACGCAGAUCGGAACUAGAUUGAACCCGGAGGUAAGAGCAGAGCUAAUAGCUUUUCUCCGAGCUAACAAUGAUGUAUUCGCAUGGACUUCGAUAGAUAUGCCAGAAAUUCCAAAUUUAGUAUCUCAACACAAGCUCAGCGCCAAUCCAUUGAAGAAACCAGUGGCCCAGAAGCGACGUCUCUUUGGGGGGGAGAGGCUUCAGGCUAUUAAAGAAGAGGUAGAGAAACUUCUACAAGCUGGUUUCGUUAGGAAAGUUGAUUACUGCGAAUGGCUGGCUAACUCAGUCCUGGUGAAGAAGGCAAACGUUGAAGCAGCUUCAGGCAAUGAGAGGUUAAGCCUCUUGGAUGCAUAUUCUGGGUAUCACCAGGUGCCGAUGGCUCUUGAAGACGAAGAGAAAACCUCGUUCUAUGCUGGCGAUGAAAUUUAUUGCUAUGUCAUGAUGCCGUUUGGCUUAAAGAACGCUGGUGCUACUUAUCAGAAAAUGGUAACCAUUGUCUUCCGAGCUCAGAUCGGCAGGAAUCUAGAGGUGUAUGUCGAUGACAUUGUGGUAAAGAGCCUGAAAGCAGAAAACCAUCUAGCUGACCUCGACGAAACCUUCAACAACCUCAAAAAGAACAAGAUGCGGUUAAACCCAGCCAAAUGCAUCUUUGGAGUGGGGUCUGGAAAGUUUCUAGGUUUCAUGGUAUCUCGAAGAGGGAUUGAGGUCAAUCCAGAGAAGAUCAGAGCAAUUGCCGAGAUGGAACCGUCGAAAUCAGUAAAAGAUAUACAGAGGUUGACUGGAAGGGUGGCAGCUCUUCAUCGGUUCAUAUUGAAUUCAGUAGAUAAGUGCCUGCCAUUCUUCAAGAUUAUGAGGUCAGCCGCCCAGAAGGAGGAAUUAGGAAAACAAAAGAAAUUUGAAUGGAAUGAAGCCAUUAGUUCAGUUCUGGUGCGAGAAGAAACCAAGCAGCAGAAACCAAUCUAUUAUAUCAGUAGUGUACAGCACGGAGCAGAGCUGAGGUAUCCUAUAGCUGAGAAAGCAGCAUUAGCAGUUGUCACCUCGGCCAGGAGAUCGGCAAUCCGAGCUCAAGCGCUAAUAGAUUUUAUUGUUGAAUGUACCCCAUGUCCUUCAACCCCUAAUCCAGAGCCCAACGAUUGGACCUUGUAUGUUGACGGGGCAUCUAUUAGCAAGGGUUCAGGAGUUGGCGCUAUCUUGAUUGGUCCAGAGGGUUAUCGAAGCGAGCAUGCUUUGAAAUUCAAAUUUGAUGCAACAAAUAACAUCGCUGAAUAUGAAGCUCUGCUACUUGGCCUACAGCUAGCAUUGGAGUUUAAAAUCAGUGCAAUUCAAGUAUACAGUGACUCCCAGUUGGUAGUGAACCAAAUCAACUCAAUAUGCGAAGUCGUUGAUCCUAUGAUGGUGAAAUAUGUAGCCUUGGUGGCCGAGCUGAAAUGCAAAUUCCAGAAAUUCUGUCUGAGCAAAACUCCCCGACCUGAGAAUGAACAGGUAGAUUCACUCUCCAAGUUUGCCUCUGAUAGCUCUUUAAGUUCCAGAUCCGUUUUUGUAGAGGUCUUAGAUGAACCAAGCUUCAUGAAGCCUCGGAUGAUGGAGAUUAGCACAAAUCCCGACACGCCGAGCUGGACUAAUUCAAUCACCUCCUUUUUGCGAGAUGAGAUAGUACCUGAGGACAGGCAGGAGGCAAUGAAGUUGAGUAAGAAAGCAUCCCGGUAUACACUCGUUGAUGGGGUCCUGUAUAAGAGAUCUUUCUCACUUCCUCUUCUACGGUGUUUAAACCCCUACGAAGCUGAAUAUGCACUUCGAGAGGUGCAUGAAGGUGUCUGCGAGAGCCAUGUUGGUGCUAGGACCCUGGCUCACAAAGUCUUAAGGCAAGGAUAUUACUGGCCAAACAUGCACAAAGAUGCCACUUACUUUGUUCAAAAAUGCCCGAAAUGUCAAUUCUUCGCACAUCUGACUCACCAACCAACAGAAGAGCUCACGAACUUGGUAGCACUGUGGCCAUUUGCUCAGUGGGGAUUGGAUCUUUUAGGCCCAUUCUUGAAAGGGGUUAGUGGUGUAACCCAUCUGGUUGUUGGUGUGGAUUAUUUCACAAAGUGGGUUGAAGCUUGGCCUUUAUCUAGUCUUACCUCCAAGAAGGUCGAAGACUUUGUUUUCAGCUCGAUCAUCCGCAGAUAUUGGAUCCCAAAUCAAAUUGUGGCUGAUAAUGGAACUCAGUUCAAUUGUUCCUCAUUCCGAGAUUUCUGUUCCAGUUAUGGGAUCAAGUUACAGUUCACCUCUGUUUACCAUCUGGAGUCUAAUGGCAUGGUUGAAUCUAUUAACAAAUGCAUUUUAGAAGGUAUAAAGUCGAGAUUGGAACAGCAUAAGGCCAAAUGGGCAGAUGAGCUCAACAAUGUCCUUUGGGCAUACAGAACCACGAGCCGAACUGCCACAGGUGAAAAACCCUACCACUUGGCCUUUGAUACCGAAGCAGUCAUUCCUGUUGAAAUAGGAGUCCCAAGCUUCCGGGUCACCCAUUUCGAUGAAGGACGAAAUGGACAACUGCUUCGGGAAAACCUUGAUCUGCUUGCUGAAGUUAGAGAAUAAGCUCGGCUUCGAACUCUUGUAUACAAGCAUAAACUAGCCAACUUCUA